AAAUAACGAUUAAUGAUUGAGGUUAGAAAAGCUGUCAAAUUUCGGUUUUAAAUUUUUCAAAAAUUUGUUGUCAUUUUACUGAAAACUGGACGCAAAUUUAAAGAAUGAGUGAGUUUAAACUUCAGCACAUGGUAUCGGAGCUACUGAAAACAUUAGGAGUUAAUAUUUCGCCUGAAAAAUUGGUAGAGGCUUUACAAAAAAGCAUAAAUAAUAAUGCAGAGGCCAGUGCAGGGUCACAGGUUACGAUACAAAGUAAUUUACAGUAUAUUUCCAAUCAUAUUGAGAAUGGGCCUGCUUUUGUAGCCAAAUUUGAAGAUUUAAAGCAAAAAAAUGUUGAUUCAUUAAACUUAUAUGUCCAAAUGAUAAAUGAAAUUAUGAGGAACCCAGAUUUAAAGCGUUUUUUGCACAAAAACACACGUCCUGUUUCUUGUCAAAGAACACCUUUAACAACUGCAGAUUUGCCCAACAUUAAAAACAAACUUAAAAAAGCCACUGUAGAUUCUAAAACACUGAAUGUAAUGUCGAAUAUUUCAAAUACUUCACCAUCAUUGUCUUUAAACUCCACACCAUCUGUAGUGUCGUGGGUUCAGAGACGGCCAAAUAUGUCAUGGGAUUUUUCUUCACAUAAUAUGAGCAGUUUUAUGCCUACUGUGCCUGUAGUGUCACAAGAAAGUAUACUUAUAGAGGAUCUCCUUAAUGUUUUGAUAGGUUUGCCAGGUUGUUACAUUGAGGCUGAAGAACUUAAAGAUGUGUAUGGUCCCAGAUCAUUCAAAAUAAACGAUAAUGUUCCACUAUCUUUAAGAGAACUGGUAAAACAAAUAUUACCACUUGCAAGUCAUUAUUCAAUAAUACAGAGAUUUUGUGAGGAAAAAAUGAGGUUUGAAUUUGGACAAGUUAACAAUGCUUUAGCUGAAAGUAUGCGCUCUAUUAUUAAAGACCACACUUUAUUCACAAUUCAGUUGGAGAGUGAAUUUAAGGCUGGUAACCUAAACCUACAAAAGUUGUGGUUCUUUGUGCAAAGAAACAUGCAAAGUUUAGGUGUUACAGCCAACAUUGCAUCCACUAUAAGCAAGUCUGAUGCAAAAGGUGGGAAAGUUCUGAGUUUGUUACAUGAUAAAAUUGUUGAAUCUAUUGGGGAUGAAAAAAUUCAAUUGUUGUGUGUAAAAUUAAUGGAAGCUGCUUGCGUACCAUACAUGAAAAUGCUGAGCAUGUGGAUUUAUAAGGGGAUUAUAUCAGAUCCCAUAAAAGAAUUUCUUGUGGAAGAUAUGGAGGUGGUACAAAAAGAAGACUUACCAGUGGACUAUUCUUCAGAUUAUUGGGAUAAAAAAUAUUCAGUGAGGCGUGAAAGAAUACCGAAAUUUUUAGAACCCGUCUCUGAUAUCAUAUUAAAAUCGGGGAAGUACCUAAACGUAAUAAGGCAAUGCGGUAAACCCGUUAAAAACAAAGUACUUCCAAUACAGUACAAAAUUGAAGAAAAACAUUAUAUUCAAGCCAUUGAAGAGGCUUACAAAUUCGCUAGUCAAACCUUAUUGGACCUCGUGAUCAAAGAAAAAGAUCUCAUUGGUCGCCUUAAAUCUGUGAAACAUUACUUUUUAUUGGACCAGGGCGAUUUUAUCGUAACAUUCUUAAGUUUGUGUGAGAAAGAGUUGGCUAAAGAUGUUGGUGAUGUAAUUCAAGGAAGACUUGAAUCUUUAAUGGACUUGGCUUUAAGACUGUCUAGUGCGGUAAACGACCCUUACAAAGACGAUUUACGCACUAUUUUGUUGCCAUACGAUUUACCAUUGCAAAUGUUGAAAAUACUCAGCAUACAAACAAGUUCAGAACAAAAGUAUAAACUGCCCAAAGAAUCCAAACGCCUCUCAGUAAUUGAAUCAUUCUCAUUCAGCUACGAAGUCCGGUGGCCUCUGUCACUAAUAUUAAACAUAAAAUCUUUAGCUUGUUACCAAAUGAUAUUCCGACAUUUAUUCUACUGCAAACACGUUGAAAGAAUGAUUUGUCAGGUUUGGCAUUCGAAUAAAGUUGCGAAAAAGUUUCACAACCAAGAUGCGCAACAAUAUAGAGCAGCUUUUGCUUUGAGGCAAAGAAUGUUGCAUUGUGUUCAAAAUUUGGAGUACCAUAUGAUGGUUGAGGUCAUUGAGCCUCAUUGGUGCACGUUUUUGCAGAAAAUAUCGAAGGUAAAUAACGUUGAUGAAAUCCUAGCCCACCACAGCGAUUUUCUGAACAGCUGUUUACGGGACUGCAUGUUAACAAUACAAGAAAUCCUUAGAACCAUUACUACACUCCUUUCCAUUGCUGUGGAGUUCUGCUUAUUUAUGCAGCAAGAAUUUCACUUUCAUGGUAAUGAAGAUUUGGUGGAUCAAAAUGUCAGUUUUAAAGACAAAAUCACUCAAUUCGAUGAAGAAUUCUCCGAUGCCGUUGUUUGUCUUUUAAAUCAAAUCAACAAUUUAAGCAGGGAUACCAGCGAACACGACAGACUCUUCAACUUGUUGUACAGAUUGGACAACAAUUCAUAUUACACCAAACGUAUGCAGAAGUACAAAAAUGCUUCCUCUGGAUAAAAUUUACAAACCUUCAUUAUUUAAUCAAUGUUUAAGUAUUAUAAUUUUUGUUUUUAA